UACGGAAGUGAGAAAUAGAAGUAGUAUUUGAAAGGAGGAGGAAUUAGCGCUUCUCUCUUUGUCUCUCUUUCCAUACGCACACACACAGUUACACCACAUUCUCCGCGUGAAGUGAAUCAUGAUGAAACGCCUCCUGCGCCUUGCACUCCGAAAAAGCUAAACCCGAGCCAUCAAAAUCUUGCCCACCUUAAAUUUUACUACUACAUUGCUCAUGACUUCUCAUUCCUAGCCACCACUACCCAAAGCCAUGAACUUCUUCUUCUUCUUCUUCUUCUUCAUUCUCAUCACACCGCCGGUAAUGGCUCCCGCUCCGCCUCUCCAACUCCUCUCCCUCCUCUCAAUCAAAUCCUCCUUGAACGACCCCCUCAACACAUUCCACGACUGGGAUGCAUCUGAGGGAAGCUGGUGUUCCUGGUCCGGCGUCAAAUGCAACCACAACACAACCCAAGUCACCUCCUUGGACCUGUCCGGCCGGAACCUCUCCGGCGCCAUAUCAGCCGACAUCACACACCUCUCCCAUUUGCAUCACUUGAACUUGAGCAGGAACUCGCUGGAUGGCCCGCUGCCUGCAGCCAUUUUCGAAUUGCCUAAUCUUCGCACACUCGAUGUCAAUCACAACUCCUUCAACUCAAGCUUCCCACCUGGGGUCUCCAACCUCAAAUCCCUCACCUUGUUCAACGCUUACAGCAACAACUUCGUCGGCCCUUUGCCCCAAGAAUUCGUCCACCUCACCAACCUCGAGAUGCUCAACCUCGGUGGGAGCUAUUUCGAGGGCCCAAUCCCGACCACUUACGGCAGCUUUCCCAAACUCAAGUAUUUAUACUUGAGUGGGAAUUUACUAACAGGCCCAAUUCCAGCUGAGUUAGGCUCGCUGAAUCAACUCGAGCAUAUCGAACUCGGGCAAAUGAACCAGUUCGACGGCGGACUGCCACCGGAGAUUUCAGGUCUUUCCGCUUUACUCUAUCUCGAUGUCUCAUCAGCAAAUCUCUCCGGCAACAUCCCCGCUGAGUUAAGCCGCUUGGAGAAGCUCCAAACUCUGCUGCUCUACGGUAAUCGCCUAUCCGGAUCAAUCCCAGAGAGCUUAGCUGAAAUGGAGUCGCUGCAGGUUCUUGAUUUAUCGGACAAUAAUCUGUCAGGGGAAAUCCCCAGCGGAAUCGCGACUUUGCUGGACCUCAACACGUUGUCCUUGAUGAACAACAAUCUGACAGGCCGAGUUCCAGAGGGGAUUGGCGAGCUUCCAAAUCUCGAGAGUUUAUCUCUUUGGAAUAAUUCUCUGUCGGGAAAUCUACCCCAAAAACUAGGCUCCAACGCCAAGUUACUGAAGCUGGACGUGUCCUCGAAUUCGCUGUGGGGCCCAAUCCCCUCGAAUCUUUGCCUUAGUAAUAAGCUGAUGAAGCUCAUACUCUUCUCCAAUCAGUUUGUUGGUCACAUCCCUUCAUGCUUAACAAACUGCACGGCCUUGUCGCGUAUGAGGAUUCACGACAACCACCUAAAUGGGUCGAUACCGGUGGGAUUUGGAUCGUUGCCCAACCUCAGUUUCAUUGAGUUAGGCAAGAAUCAACUAUCAGGUCCUAUUCCAAGAGAUCUCGGCGAUGCACUCAAGUUGGAGUUCUUGGAUAUCUCGGGAAAUCAGUUCGAUUCCGAGAUUCCUGACAACAUUUGGAAUUCGCCGAGUUUGAAGAUUUUAUUAGCGACUUCUUCCAGACUGGUUGGUAAAAUCCCCGAUUUUGUGGGGUGCAGGAGUUUCUACAGGAUUGAGCUGGACGGCAACAAUCUCACCGGCAGCAUCCCGUGGGAUAUCGGCCACUGUAUGAAGUUGAUCAGUUUGAACCUGCGAGGGAAUUCCCUAACCGGAAUCAUCCCAUGGGAGAUCUCAAUUCUUCCCUCCAUCACAGAUGUUGAUCUCUCAAACAAUCUUCUCACGGGGACCAUUCCUUCCAAUUUCAACAACUGCACCACGCUCGAAACCUUCAACGUCUCGUUCAAUCAGCUCACGGGUCCCAUUCCCUCGUCGGGCUUAGUGUUUCCGAGUCUACACCCGUCUUCUUUCACCGGAAACGAAGGCCUCUGCGGCAAGCUUCUCAACAAGCCUUGCCGGAUAGACGGCGUCGCCCCCGACGGCCACCGCCAGCCGAAGAAGACGGCCGGAGCCAUCGUGUGGAUCAUGGCGGCGGCGUUCGGGAUGGGGCUGUUCAUUCUGGUGGCCGGCACGCGAUGUUUCCAGGCCAAGUACGGGGAGAAGGUGGCGAAGCAGGAGGCAGGGCCGUGGAAACUGACGGCGUUCCAGAGGCUGAAUUUCACGGCGGAGAACGUGGCGGAGAGCCUGAAGGUGAGCGAGCAGAUAAUCGGGGUGGGGGCGGCCGGGGCGGUGUACAAGGCGAAGAUGCCGGGCGGGGAGAUAAUCGCGGUGAAGAAGCUGUGGGUGAAGAACAAGGAGGCGGUGAGGAAGAGGCGCGGGGUGGUGGCGGAGGUGGAGGUGCUGGGGAACGUGAGGCAUAGGAACAUCCUGAGGCUCUUGGGGUGCUGCAGCAACAACCAGUGCACGAUGCUGCUGUAUGAGUACAUGCCUAAUGGGAGCCUAGAUGAUCUGCUGCAUGGCAAGGACAAGACGCUCGUCGCCGAUUGGAUCACCAGGUACAGGAUAGCCUUGGGGGUGGCGCAGGGGAUAUGCUACCUUCACCACGACUGCCAUCCCGUCAUCGUGCAUCGUGAUUUGAAGCCCAGUAACAUUCUGCUCGACGCCGAGAUGGAGGCGCGGGUCGCCGAUUUCGGCGUCGCCAAGUUGAUUCAGAGCGAUGAGUCUAUGUCCGUUAUUGCUGGAUCGUACGGCUAUAUUGCCCCCGAAUAUGCUUACACAUUACAAGUGGAUGAGAAAAGUGAUAUUUACAGCUUUGGAGUGGUGCUCAUGGAAAUUUUAACGGGAAAAAGAUCGGUUGAUUCAGAAUUUGGUGAUGGGAAUUGCAUAGUCGAUUGGAUUAAAUCUAAAAUUAGGAUGAAAAGUGAUGUAAAGGAUAUGUUGGAUAAAAAUGCUGGUGCAUCUUGUGCUUCUGUAAGGGAGGAAAUGGUGCUGGUGCUUAGGGUUGCAUUGCUUUGCACUAGCCGGAAUCCAGCUGACCGGCCCUCCAUGAGGGAUGUGGUCUCCAUGUUGCAAGAGGCUAAGCCCAAGCGGAAACUGCCCGAGAAUGCUGGACGGGCAGCUCUUGAUGAAGUGGUUCUAGAUUUUUCCGACACCAAAUACUAGAAUCAUUAUAUAUUUUGUGUGUCGUGUGUGUGUGUGUAAAGUUCUGUGAUUUUUUUUCCAUUUACAUUUUGACUAGAAUUGUGGGGAUGGUAUAGAAGAAGAAAUUCUCUGAUGUUUGAAUUUCAUCAAUGAAAUGACCAAGCAAGUUGUUUCUGAAGAAA